UGCGAAACGAAAGCACAGAAUCAUUACACCGCCAGACCUCGAGGAGAGUAGACGCGUUUGAAGUUACUCAGGCUCAGUCGAGAUCUCGUGCUUCAUCCAUCACAACCCCAAUAGUAGACGACGUUCGUACAAUCGGAUACGAUAUUUCGUGUUUCUCGAGACCGUUUCGUUUUUUUUUUUUUCUACCGUAACAUCGUAGUUCUCUACUGUAGAGUAUAUACGUACAUAUAUAUAUAUAUAUAUAUGUAUAUAUAUAUAUAUAAACAAAUAUAUAUAUGUAUAUAUACAUAUAAAAAAAAAUUUAUGAUUCAUAGUAAAUUGCGGUACGACGAUACGUGUGCGCAGUUGUUUGUUCGUUGAAAAAAAAAAAAAACGCGUGUGAAUUUUACGAAGACGUGAAAAAACGAGUCUUGAUCUAGAGAAAAGUAAAAAAGACGAAAAAAAAAAAAAGACAGAAAAAGAACGUGAGCGAGAGGGCGAGAGAGAGAGAGAGAGAGAGAGAGAGGGCGAGAGAGAGAGAGAGAGAGAGAGAGAGGAGUAGGAGAGGAAGAAGGACAAGUAGUUUUUUUUUUCUUCUUCGAUCAACGACACCGACGAAGAGAAAGAGAGAGAAAGAAAGAGAGAGAGAGAGAAGAGAAAGAGAAAGGAAGAGACAGUUACUAGCUAACUAUCUUGUUGACUUGUGCGCGUGUUGGUGCAAAUAGUAGAUCAAUCCUACGUCCCUUGGAGUGCAGUCGCAAAAAGAGACGCUCAUAUAAAGAAAGAUAACUGAGAGUUUUUAACGUCGAGCCUUCUCCGUUACGGGUAUCGUGAGUUUUUUUUUUUUCACAUCUUGUGUAUCGUGCAACAACGAAUUAUCGUUGGUUCCCGUUGUUUCCUCUUGUCUCGUUCGUCUUAUGCUCGCUCGUUACUAUUGCUAUAAAGAAGAUACACACUCAAAGAAAAUAGAAGGAAGUCGUGUGUACGUUUCACGGUUACGCGCUAACGCGCGUGCCGUACAUAUAAGAUAAACAGAGAGAAAGAGAGAAUUAAUCGGCAAAAAUUUUGUCGCACCGUGAUUUAUAGACAUUCAUGCUUGCAAAUUCAUCGUGCGUGAUAAAUAUAAAAGAAGAGAAUUAACGAUACAGAAAGAGAGAGCGAGAGAGAGAGAGAGAGAGAGAGAGAGAGAGACACUUUCUUUUCUAUCUCGCCGUGUUAAAUCCCAGCACCUAUGGAAAGUGAUCCAUUUGAGGAUCCACCUUACGGACGUUUCAGACGUCGAAUUUGAGUAAGACGGACGAAAAGAGUGAGAGACGUCUGUCUCUUAAUAAGGGAAAAGAGUUUACGAAAGACAUACACUUUUUGGCUCGGAUAUCGUUAAUUAUUAUCCUUAUCGUUUUACAGUUUGUUUGCUUCGUGUCAGCGCUCAUUUGAGAAGUAUAAUAUUGAGGGGAAGAGAAAAAAAAGAAAGAAAGAGCGAGAGAAAGAGACAGAGAGAGAGAGAGAGAGAAAGAGAGUGAAAGGGAGAAGACAUUCAGCAUUGAAAAGGUUUAGAGGAGUUCUAAAGAAAAGUUCUAUUAUAAAUAAAUAACAAGAAGAAAUUAAAAAGAAAAAAGAAAAAAAAAGAAGAUGGCGAUACCGUUCGUGCAACCAAUCGAAGAGGAUCAGGAGUUAUCAAAUCAACAACUCCAAAUUAUGAUGGCUCUCUACAUGGCAUUGCAACAGGUCCUACGGAGCAGAUCGUUUCGUCACUCAUCAAGGAAUCAUCAGCCUCGUCGUCAAGGGAACACAGUAGGUUCUCGAGAACACGGAUUGGUCCUGUUGGAUCAAGACAUUGCCGGAUUACCGUUACCAGAUUUAGUAUCAUCAGCGAUGCAACAAUUGCCACCUCCAUCGCCACAGGUUACGGUUUCCGCGCCUACCAGUCCAACGAGGGAUGCUACCUUUCAAUUUCCAGAAUGCAGUGGCACCAACAACGUAGCCGCCGCUGCGGCCGCCGCAGCCGCUGCUUCAUAUGCUAAUGUUGCUAGAAACAACAAUUAUGAGAAUGAGGAUGAGGAAGGGGCACCGGUCCCAACUCCAAGGCCACGGCCACGAAGACGCAGACCAAUAAAUGUUCGUGUCCCUUCGAAAAAGACAUCGCUCACGCUUGAGCCAGCUUGCAAUGGUGACAGCACUUGUUGUGAACAUCCUGGUCACGCUUUGCGUAAUGGACAAUGGUGGAUUAGUAUUGGAGCCAACCUCAGAAAUAUAGCCGACGAUUUCCAGGCGUCCAAAACAAAGUUUAGCUUUUGCCAUUGCGUGUUACAGAACGCCGAACUGGAGAACUCACGACUGUCGUUGGUGACUUCCGGUUUCCCAAGCAACACAAAUGGCAACAGCCUACCCACCGAGGAUAUAUUACGUUCCAUGAUCCCAGCGUCUAUAAGAGAGACGACGUUAUGGGUGACAGUGGCUCUCUACCUCGGUUGGAGGCUUGUCUCUCGUCUACGAUAAAUCCAUGAGCUUUCGCCUCGCCGCA